GAUUUAGUGAGACGCAAGAAAGAAUUUGAGGAGGAGAAGAAAAGGGCUUGGGCGCUUUUUCAACAAGACAAGGAAAAUGAAUACAAUAAAAUCAAGGAGGAGCGUCGCGCAGCGCAUGCAGAGCUGCAGCAGCAGCUGAAGCAGCUCGAAGUGGAGCGAAGUGACACGAGAGCCAAACUGCAGCAGGAGAAGCAAAAGUUCAAACAAGAACAAGAGAAGGCCAGAAGGAAACACAUCCUCGAGCAGGAGCGCUUCCGGCAGGAAGUGCUGCAGUUCGAGCAGCAGCAGCAGCAAGUGGCGGAGGUGAGCGUGGCUGCAGCGACUGUGGUGGACUUGAACGUGGGGGGGGUGGUUUUCGAGGCUUCUCGCCAAACCCUAAUCCAACAAAAAGGCUCUUUUCUCGAAACCCUUUUUUCCGGAAAACUCCAAUUCAACAGAGACAAACAAGGAAGGGUUUUCUUCGACAGAGACCCCGAGCUCUUCCGCAUUCUCCUCAACUUCCUCCGCCACCCCCACGCGCCCCCCCAGCCCAG